AAUUAAAGUUUUCCAUUGACAGGAAGGCUCGAUUGAACACAACCGGUAGAAUCCAAGUCAGACAAAAAAAGAGGAUAGAAUCCAAGCCUUCCAUGGCCCUACUGAUAUGAUUCUUCUCUGCAAAAACUGUUCCUCACCUGCAAAGCUAGCAAAACCCCUGGAUCCACAAGACUACAAAGAAGAAUAUACUCAUAAUAAUUCAGAACCCAAUCUCCUUGACCAUUGUGCCCUCCUCCCCACAAACACAAACACAAACACAAUUCUCUACAUGCAUACAUACAUAUAUCUAUCCAUGGCUCCAUGGACUAGUCAUACGGAAAAUUUGGGUAUCUGUGUUUUUGGUAGUGUGCGCUAAUUUCUACCAUCAAUUUUAUGAUAUGCCCACCCACCCAUUCUUUUUUGGAUUCUCUCUGUUUUCUCUCUUUUUGUAGAUCUCUCUCAGCUCCACUCACUCUUUCCAAACAAAAAGCUACCUCGCUGCCGACCUCGGGAAUUACAUUUCAGACCAAACUCAGAAAAGGGCUUUCCUUUCCCCUGACCCUGUUUUCCAGUCCUCAGUCCUCAGAGGUGUAGCGAAAGACCGAAAAAAGGCCAUCCACGUCAAAAGCAAAGAAACAAACGUCUAUGCUCAAAAUGAUGACAGCUGAUAAAGCUCGGCAAGCAAAAGCCAGCACAAGUAUCUCUGUGAUAAACCAAACAGAUUUAGGUGUGGGAUUCAUCACAUAGCCAUUUGCUCCAAAACCCCUUUUGAUCAUUCUCACUGUAUUUGGUGGCAGAAGGAAAAAAAAACCCAAAUUUGCUUCUUGGUUUUCUUUUCGGUUUGUUUGUUUCUGGUGUGUGCAACGAGGACAGACUAAACCCAUAUCUCCUUCUUCACCACGUGGCGUUAGCUUUUUCAUAGCGGCCAUGUAAGCCCAUAACCUUGUUUUGCUCUAUAAUUCACCGCCAAGGCCUCACUCUGUGCCUCAAUCCCUUGAUGGGUUGCUCUUGUUCUUGUUCAUUGUAUUGAGUUUUCAGCCAUCUUGGUCACCCAUGGCUUCCAUUCUUCGGUUUCGCAAGCUGUGCUAUGUUGAGCCUUGCUCUUCUUUAAAAUUUCAAUCUUUUGAAACCCCCAAAAUUGAAAACAGAGAUGAGGGUGGUGUUGGUUCCAAGACUGAGAAUUUAUUAGAGAAGAAGCAGAGGAAGAACAAGAACAAGAAGCAACACAGAGAAUGGAGGUGCAUGGAUAGCUGCUGUUGGGUAAUUGGGUACAUGUGCACAACUUGCUGGGUUCUCAUGUUUUUGUAUCACAGCUUGCCAGCUACAUUGACUGGUUUUCCAGUGCCAGAGUCACCUGGGACGAGGCUUAAAGCUGAAGGGUUGACUCCUCUUCACCCUGUUGUUUUGGUGCCUGGCAUUGUAACUGGUGGCCUUGAGCUUUGGGAAGGGAGGCCUUGUGCUGAAGGACUUUUCAGGAAGCGUCUUUGGGGUGGCGGUUUCACAGAGAUCUUCAAAAGGCCCUUGUGUUGGUUGGAGCACCUAUCUCUAAACAAUGAAACAGGGCUUGACCCUCCAGGAAUUCGAGUCAGAGCAGUUCCAGGACUCGUUGCAGCUGACUAUUUUGCUCCUGGCUACUUUGUUUGGGCUGUUCUCAUUGAAAAUUUGGCAAAAAUUGGUUAUGAAGGGAAGAAUAUGCAUAUGGCUGCGUAUGAUUGGAGGCUAUCUUUCCAAAACACAGAGAUUCGAGACCAAGCUCUUACAAGAUUGAAGAGUAAAAUUGAGCUUAUGUACGUAACCAAUGGCCAUAAGAAAGUGGUGGUGGUACCUCAUUCUAUGGGUGUAAUUUAUUUUCUCCACUUCAUGAAAUGGGUUGAAUCACCUCCUCCUAUGGGAGGCGGUGGUGGUCCAAGUUGGUGUGCCAAGCACAUCAAAGCAAUCAUGAAUAUCGGUCCAGCAUUUCUUGGUGUUCCAAAAGCUGUUAGUAAUAUAUUUUCUGCUGAGGGUAAAGAUGUCGCAUAUAUCAGAGCUAUGGAUCCUGGUGUUUUAGAUUCUGAAAUUCUCCGGCUUCAAACCCUCGAGCAUGUCAUGCGGGCAUCUCGAACCUGGGAUUCCAUAGUUUCCUUAUUGCCAAAAGGUGGAGAUGCCAUCUGGGGCAAUUUGGACUGGUCUCCUGAAGAUGGGCAUAGCUGUGACCUGGCAAAGAAAGGAUAUCUACAGACGUCAGGUGACACUAAUUUCAACAACAGGGAUGAAAAUAGAGUUUUCCAAGUGAAAGAACCGGUGAAGUAUGGAAGAAUAAUCUCUUUUGGCAAGGAAACAUCACAAAUAUCUUCUCCACAGCUUCCUAGGCAUGAUUUCAAGGAUCUUCCGAACAAAGAUUCUGCCACAAAUUUCACAUCUUCAUGUGGAGAGGUGUGGACUGAAUAUGAUGAGUUAAGCAGGGAAAGCAUCAGAAAAAUUACAGAAAAUAAGGCUUACACAGCUCAAACUCUUUUUGAUCUACUGCGCUUUGUGGCUCCAAAAAUGAUGCAACGGGCUGAGGCUCACUUCUCUCAUGGGAUAGCUGAUAAUCUUGAUGAUCCCAAAUAUGCCCAUUACAAGUAUUGGUCCAAUCCACUUGAGACCAAGCUACCAGUUGCUCCAGAUAUGGAAAUAUACUCCUUAUAUGGUGUUGGAAUCCCCACCGAAAGAUCAUAUGUAUACAAGAUGUCUCCUUCUGACAAGUGCAAGAGCAUUCCAUUUCGGAUUGAUGGCUCAGCAGAUGGAGAGGCAGGCAGCUGUCUGAAAAAUGGAGUAUAUUUUGUGGAUGGUGAUGACAGUGUGCCUGUAUUGAGUGCUGGACUCAUGUGCGCCAAAGGGUGGAGAGGAAGAACCAGGUUCAACCCAUCUGGUAUUGCUACCUACAUAAGGGAGUACCAGCACAAGCCACCGGCUAGUCUGCUUGAGGGACGGGGUAUAGAGAGUGGUGCACAUGUUGACAUCAUGGGAAAUGUUGCACUAAUCGAAGAUGUUCUACGGGUUUCUGCCGGAGCAACUGGUAUACAGAUUGGAGGUGAUAGGAUUUACUCAGAUAUUAUGAGAAUGUCUGAGAGAAUAAAUCUUCAGCUGUAACCUGUAAGUAAAAAAAUGAUCACCUUUACAAUUAGGCAAUGAGAGGCACACAAGGCAUAUGAAGACAAGUACUAAAAACAGAGAGCAGCUAUGUUAUGGACAACUAUCUCAACUGCCAUAACUGUCAGACUUAGUACUUCAGAGUAAGGCUGGGCCUUGUGAAAGGAAAAAAAACCCACUCUUGGUAAGAUGGGGCAGGGCAAAUGGGAAUGCAGUGUGGAAUUAGGAGCUAAACUUGAAGUAUUUUGAUACUGCUCGGGAUACUCAAUUUUCAAAUUGGCGUUUUCCUCACAUGCUAUAAUCAUAUGACAAUAAGAGCUGCACAAUAAAUAAAAAAGAGCGAUAAUAAGAGCCUAUCUCGUUGUAAACAAUUUUUUCUUUCUUUAUAUUCAAAUGUAGUGCAUCUUUUAAUUUUUUUGU